AGCUCCUUUAUACAUUGUUUACGACCCUUCCGAUCUCUGUUACUCUCCCGGUUGGGUAAAGCUGGCGAGGAAGAAGUUCUACCCUGUUCCCGGUAACCACUUUCAGUCCCAGCCGGUGAUAACGAGAGCGGACUUUGAGGAAUUGCUAGGACAUUGCCAGGCCGUGACCGAUGCGCCGGCGUCCGUGUUUGCUGCAGAGUUGAUCGCUGCUGACCCCGAAGCCAAAGUGGUGUUGAACAUGCGAAGGGACGAAGACAAAUGGCAGAAGUCGUUGGUGAAGACAAUCAUCAAGGCGAAUGAGAGCUGGGGGUUCUGGAUCGCGAGUUGGUUGGAUCGGGAGUGUUUCUGGGCGUCGCAUGUGUAUGAGCGGUUUCUGUGGCCGUCACUGUUUAGAUGUGUUGGUGGUUACGGGGAGUUGGGCAGAGUUGUGAGAGGGGGAGGGGGGAUGUGGGUUUGGAGAGGUGAGUUGUGUUUUCUUGGACUUGGACUUGCAGUGCUACUCAACAAUGUUGACUCGAGACAGAGCAUUGCAACAUCGACAGAGUGUUGGAAUGGGAUAUCGAAGACGGCUGGGAACCGCUCUGCAAGUUUCUUGGCAAAGAAAUACCAGACAUGUCCUUUCCCCAUGCCAAUGCGGCUGCUGGCGGUUGGAAAACGAGAGAAGAGCAAUGUAACAAGCGGUGGGUGGAGAGGGCCUUUGUCAACUUGUUGUUCCUCAGGCAUUCUUGUGGGGGAGGGCAUCAUUUCCCUGGGUUUGUUUGCCUGGUGGUGGUGGUGGUGGUAGGGAUGGCGAGGGUUAGGGCUCAGUGUAGUGUAAUGCUGUACUUUAUCCUGG